AUGAAGGCAGUUAUUGCUCACGGUCCUAAAGAGUAUAAAUUCGUUGACGAUAAAGAGAUACCGAAAUUAAAAGAUGGAGAGGUUUUAGUGAAAGUAUUGGCAACUGGUAUAUGUGGCUCUGACCUAAAAAUGUACGAAGGAAGUCCAUUUUAUUGGGGAGUUGGUGGACGCGCACGAUCCGGCGUUAUUCCUGGUCAUGAAUUCGUUGGAGAGAUCGUCGAAGUUGAUCCACAAAUAGCUCACGAUCAAUCGUUAACCAUCGGUGACGUAAUUGUUGCAGAACAACUUUUAGCUUGUCGAGAUCAGUGUUGGUAUUGCAAAAAUAGUUUGGAACACAAAUGCGAAAAGUUGAUCAUCUACGGGCAAGGUGUCGACGGUAGUAUGGCUGAAUAUAUGAUAUAUCAAAAAGGCUCUUUCCUGCAUAAGGUUCCGCAGAAUAUUUCCCCGAUCUAUGCAGUACUUGCUGAACCGUUGGCGGUAUCCGUACGAGCUAUGGAUCGAGCUUCAUUGAAAGACACUGAUCUGGUGGUGAUUUCUGGCUGCGGAACGAUAGGGUUAGGUGUUGUUGCAGCGAUUCAUAUCUAUUUCCCUCAAGUAUCAAUGGUUGUUCUUGAUUAUCAUCAAUUCAAAUUGGAUCAAGCACGAUUGAUAUCGAAAAACUGUUCGACGUUUAAUCUCUCGGACAACACUGUCGCUUCAAUUGUUGAGCAUGUACGACAAAUGUCUGGUGAACGUAAAGGCGCUGAUGUCUUCUUCGAGUGUUCGGGUUCACCGCAUUCAAUCAAGGUCGGCUUCGAUUUUCUUCGUGCUUGCGGAACAUUCCUUCAUGUUGGUAUUUGCAAAGAGAUUCUCAUUGAAGCUCCAUGGAACGCAAUCUCGGCAGGAAAAGAAUUAACAGUAGUUGGUACGAAUUUAGGUCGACAUGGUUGGUCACGAGCAUUUGAAAUUCUACAGAAAUGUGACCUAUCGGCAAUGAUUACUCAUCGAUUACCUUUGAACGAAUAUGACAAAGGUUUAGGUCUACUCAAUGCCGGAAUUAAAAUAGUUCUCGACCCAACUUUGCCUUCAUCAUCUUCGCCUGCGAUUCCAACAUCAAUAUCGAACGAAAAUCACCACAGUGUUGUUUUCAUCACACAAUCGUCACACGGGAUUGGCCGUUUGAUUGCCGUGGCACUUGCUCAACAAGGUGCGACUGUUAUUCUCCAUGGUUCGCAUCAUGAUAGUCCCUCGGAAUUCAAAGAAGGUACAACGAUGACGAAUCUGAAAGAAGAAAUAGCCAAACAAACGAGCAAUAAUCAAAUCUCAUGUGUCUGGGGUCACUUGACUUCAAAAGAAAGUGUGCAAUCUAUUGUAUCGCAAAUUCAGAAACCGAUUGAUGCUCUUAUCUGCUGUGAUGGGGAAGAUCUUCAUAUUGACGAAGAGAAUACACUUGGAAAUGGCAAAUCAAAUGAACAUUCAUGUUUGGCAGUGAGCGAAGGCGAUGCCAGAUCAACUUUUGAACAAAACUUUUGGUCAACUUAUCUGGUUUGUCAAGCAAUCGUUCCGCAGAUGACUAAAAACCUUCGAGGUCAAGUAGUUCUCAUAGGUUCAUCAUUCGUAACGAUAGGACAAGACAAGCACGUUCUUCGUAGUGCAUCAAAAGCCGCUUUGCAACAAUACAUGCGAUGUUUAGCCAAUGAAUCGAAGUCCAGCGGCAUUCGAGUCAACUGUAUCACGCCCGGAUCAGUUUCGUACGGAAAAAACAGAGAUCAAAUUGCAGAAGCAGUCAGUAAUUUAUUAAAAAUGGAUUUUAUGAAUGGCCAAGUCAUUCGACUCGAUGGCAGCGAACAAACAUGUUGCUGUUAA